GCCAUUAAAACUUUUGUUCUUGUUUUACUUUGGCUUCCAACCAUCUAUUUUCAAUGACAAAUCUAUGGUUCCAGCAAUCUGAAAUUCCCAAAUAUUUGAACCUCUUAUCUUUAACUUAUUGACAUGAUAACAGCAAGUAAUUCCACUGAAGCUCAAAUCUUUCAGUCAAAUUUUUCGUGUUCAUCGAUCAGACCGUAGUCGAACUUUGCGGAGUUCAGUCGAAAUCGCAAUGAAGGUGAUCGCAGCAGUUUUGUUGUGUAUUUUGAUUAACUAUAACCAGGCCAUUUUACGAUACAAGACUUGUUGGAAUCCUAACCAGACAGAAGGACGGUGUGUGCCCAUUAAAUUGUGCUUGCCCCUGCAUUCGGUGUUGGUGAAGAGUAAUCUUACACAGUCCGAGAUAGAGUUUAUUCGAAACUCACGUUGCGAAUCAGACCAGAGCAACGAGACCAUCUUCGCCUGCUGCACUACGGAUAAGGACUACAACAGGACGCCUGACCAAAUCCCUCGCGAAGAUUCUAGUUUGCUUCCCGAUCGGUCCAUCUGUGGUGGCGACCAGUCGGUUCCGGGCAAUAAAACUAUCUUCUCGGGUUUCCCCUGGUUGGUGGAAUUAGAGUACCGUAUAUCAAGCGGAGAGAUAAUGAAAAAUUGGUGCAUGGGAUCAUUGAUCAAUCACCGAUAUGUUCUAACAGCAGCUCGAUGCCUGUGGAAAUCUUUCGAAAACCUAGUCUCUGUGAAAUUGGGAGAGCACGGCACUAGUGCCGCAGAGGAUUGCCGCAAUGGAAGCUUGGAAUGCAAUGGAAUGCUGCGAGUUGAGGUCGAGGAGAUCCACAUACAUGAAAACUUCAAACUCGGCUAUUCAGAUUAUGACAUUGGUCUGAUCCGCUUGCAGAGGGAGGUCGCCUAUACGCCAAACAUUCGACCUGUUUGCUUGCCCUCGACUGUGGGUGUGCAACAUUGGAAAUCCCACCAGGAGUUUACCGGGGCAGCAUGGGGAGCGAACCAGACUCAGAUUCAUAACCCCGUCCAGCUGAAAUUUGAAGCCACCGGCGUGGAUUUGGACAGCUGUCGUUGCGAAAUCCUCCCUACACUGCACGAAUCCCAUUUGUGCGCCAAUAGUCCGAAGGAGGUCUACGGCUGCCUUUGGAGCCUCGGAGGACCACUGAUGGCAUUCCAAGAGGGCAUUUGGGUUCUUGGGGGCAUAGUUACCUUUGGUUCGGCUUGCAGACCCAACAUACUUCAUAUCUACACAAAUGUUAUUUACUUCGAAAGCUGGAUCAAGCAGACUAUACGACCAUGAAUAUGUGCUCUACAUAUAUUCCUAUACCUUUUAAUAAGAAAAACAAUUAACGAAAAUAUGAAAUUAUCAGUCCACAGCUCAGACAGUGCUCUUAUCAAUUAAUGCUUUAGAAUAUUUUGUGCCCUUUGCACCGAUUCUGAUUAAAUCGCCAUUUAAUAUAUUACGCCU